GGCGGCCUGGUCGGCGGCGGCGGCGGCGGCGGCGGCGGCGGCGGCGGCGGCGGCUCAGGAGCCCGGCGGCGGCGGCGACGGCGGCGCGAGCGCCCGGCCCAGCCCGCCCUUCGCCUCGCGGCUUCGACUUCCCGCGACUGGGCGCGCCCCGGACACGCCUCAGCCCUCCCGAUCCCUCGCAUCGCGGCCUUGGCCGCCCGCCCCCGCCGCCGCAAUGAUGAUGAUGGCGCUGAGCAAGACCUUCGGGCAGAAGCCCGUCAAGUUCCAGCUCGAGGACGACGGCGAGUUCUACAUGAUCGGCUCCGAGGUGGGAAACUACCUCCGUAUGUUCCGAGGUUCUCUGUACAAGAGAUACCCCUCACUCUGGAGGCGACUAGCCACUGUGGAAGAGAGGAAGAAAAUAGUUGCAUCGUCACAUGAUCAUGGAUACACGACCCUGGCCACCAGCGUGACUCUGUUGAAAGCCUCAGAGGUGGAAGAGAUUCUGGACGGCAAUGACGAGAAGUACAAGGCCGUGUCCAUCAGCACGGAGCCCCCCACCUACCUCAGGGAACAGAAAGCAAAGAGGAACAGUCAGUGGGUGCCCACCCUGCCCAACAGCUCCCACCACCUGGAUGCUGUCCCGUGCUCCACAACCAUCAACAGGAACCGCAUGGGCCGCGACAAGAAGAGGACCUUCCCGCUCUGCUUUGAUGACCACGACCCAGCAGUGAUCCACGAGAAUGCGUCCCAGCCCGAGGUGCUGGUCCCCAUCCGGCUGGACAUGGAGAUUGACGGGCAGAAGCUCAGGGAUGCCUUUACCUGGAACAUGAAUGAGAAGCUGAUGACUCCGGAGAUGUUCUCCGAGAUCCUCUGUGAUGAUCUAGAUUUGAAUCCAUUGACGUUUGUGCCAGCUAUCGCCUCUGCCAUCAGACAGCAGAUUGAGUCCUACCCCACAGACAGCAUCCUGGAGGACCAGUCCGACCAGCGUGUUAUCAUCAAGCUGAACAUCCAUGUGGGGAACAUCUCCCUGGUGGACCAGUUUGAGUGGGACAUGUCCGAGAAGGAGAACUCGCCCGAGAAGUUCGCCCUGAAGCUGUGCUCGGAACUGGGCCUGGGCGGGGAGUUUGUCACCACCAUCGCCUACAGCAUUCGAGGACAGCUGAGCUGGCAUCAGAAGACCUACGCCUUCAGUGAGAACCCCCUGCCCACGGUGGAGAUUGCUAUCCGGAACACGGGGGACGCUGACCAGUGGUGCCCGCUGCUGGAGACCCUGACGGAUGCCGAGAUGGAAAAGAAGAUCCGUGACCAGGACAGGAACACGAGGCGAAUGAGGCGUCUCGCCAACACUGCCCCAGCCUGGUAACCUGGCAACCAGCCCAUCAGUGCUCGGCUCCCACACAGCGUUCAGAAGACCGACCUGCCUCUCCAUCUUCUGGCAGAGGGAGGCGAGGGGCAGCCGGGGCCAUCCUGAGGAGCAUGGGCAGGCGGGAGGCCUCCAGGCAGCCCUCCCCUGCACACUUCCCAUUGCUGAGCCCCAGUCCCCACCCCGUCUCCCAUCAGGAAGAGGCUUCCUUUUGGGUUGUUUUGUUUUUGCAUAGGAGCCCCAGGAAGGGCUAGCAACACUUUUUAAAUAAAAGGCAACCGGUGGUGUUCCAUUUCUU